GUCGAAACAAAAAGCGGUAGCUAUAAACAUUUCGAAGAAUGAGUACGUCUUUCCUUUUUGACGAGGAGGCGUAUGAGAAGAUUUCUGAAGUUAAAAAACCAAUAUUUGUAUUCGACUGGCUGUGUUCACUUGAAAAACGACUAGUGGCAGAAAAUAGACAGGCUAUCAAGGAAUGCCAAGAAGAUCUUGUGCAACAACUGUUGUCUCACCUGACGCACGCUCCUGGACGGCCAACACACAAGCUUUUGGGCCGUUGUUUUGCAAAUCUAUUUUUAGUGGGAGACUCGCUUUUGCUUUAUACAGCAGUAAACACAUGUAAUGCGCUCCUAAAAUCUCGAGAUGAUGGACUUGCUUGUAUCAAUAGUCGUCUAGCCGCACUUAGCUGUCUGGGAGCCAUAUACAAACGCCUUGGACGUAUGAUCGGUCGGUCUUUUGAAGACAGCGUUAUCAUAAUGGUGAAGUUGAUCAAACAGUCUGAGUCACUAGUUCGGUGUGAAAUUAUGAAUACGUUGUGCAGUUUGGUUGAAGGUGUUGGUUCAGCCAGUGUUGUGUGUCACAAGGAAAUAUACAAAGCGGUAAAAAUCUGCAUGACGGAUCGAGUACUAUAUGUGCGUGUUGCUGCAGUGAAAUGUCUUUACUUCCUGGUUGACCAUUCUCAUUCAAUUCAUACCAACGCAUUAGAAGCUACUGUAAGUUUGUGUCUGCGAUGCAUGGAUGGAUCCAAUUAUGCAACUCGAUUUGAAACCGCACGUACUUUGGGCCAUUUGUUAGCAAAAACUCAGCGUAAGGGGGUUGCCGAUACAGGAUCUGAUGCAUCCAGCAGUGGAACAGUUGGAACGUCCAAUAAUUCGCGGAGUAAACCUGUCUCACUUACAGAUACACUAUCAUUAUUGUCGUCAGGAUUUUUGAAAGGUCCAGGUGGGUUUUUAAAAGGUACCAGUGCUACUGAUAUGAUUAAAGGAACUAGUCCAGUUAAUCGAGAAGUUCGUGUUGGUGUAACUUAUGCCUACAUUGAAUUUAUUGUCGAAAUGGGGCCAUUAUGGUUUGAAACUAAUCUAUCAACUAUACUGACACAUUUGAUGAAUCUUUUAUUAGUUCCACGUGCUACACCAACUCAUGUCGAGGCUAUAUAUGCACGUCAGUGUAUACAAUAUCUAUUGGGUACUGUAUUUCGACAUUUAUUGUCUGAAUCAAUUCAAUUAGUUGCGAUUAGCGAAUUGAUAAAGAUAUUGGUAUAUCAUUUACAGCAUUUACAAAAUCUUCAUGUGAAUGAAUAUUCAAUGAACGAUAGUGAUGUAUUUCAACAGAUAUUCUCUUCAUCUUCUUCCGUAACACUUACUCCCAAUAAUAAUGGCAAUAUAAGUGAAUCAUCAGAUUCAUUACCGAAUGAUAUUUUCAAUGAGACUGGUGUCAGCAUAACACUUGGGGAUAAUCAGACAACUAGUAAUGUGCAUAAUUUGGACAGUGUUGUGGAACUGGAUAGUGGAAAAGUGAAACGCGGAAUUGGGCGUCAAGUGGCAACAGCGACAACAACGACAACAGCUACUACGGGUGGUAGCAGCUCCCGUUCUAAUCGAGAACAACAGCAUCAGCACUUAGUUAUUUGUGUGUUAGAUAUAAUUAGUCAACUAAUUCGUUGGUUAGAUUCACUAGUUGUUCAACUUGUAGAUCAACCCACUCAACUAACUGAUGUACUAUGCACAUGUUUAUCACAUCCAAUACAGGCGGUUCGUUUAGCAGCUGCAUCGUGUUUAAGACAGUUAGUAAUUGUUGUACCAAGCCAACGCAUCCCUUUAUUAAAUAAAUGUUUACACUGUUUACAACAAUCUCAUAGAUAUAGUGCUGAAACACUUUUAGGCGUUACUUUUGGCAUAACUGGACUUCUAGCUGGGGUUAAUUAUUCUAUUCUUGGUUUGCCGAAUAAUAUACCGGAUCAAUUGUUUAGUUUAGCUGAAGAGCUUCUACGUGCAGCCAAUCAAAAUAGCCGAUUCGCAUUAGCUCGUACUCAAAGUGGUUGGAGUUUAUUAGCUGCUUGUAUAACUCUUGGACCAAAUGUUGUUAAGCCUCAUUUACCUAGAAUGUUAUUAUUUUGGCGUAAUGCAUUUCCACGCAGUUUACGUGAGUUGGAAGCGGAGAAGCAGCGUGGUGACGCUUUUACUUGGCAGAUCAUGCUGGAAUCCAGAUCGGGUGCAUUAUGCUCUAUACAAAGCUUUUUAGAAUAUUGUUCACCACAAUUACUCACUGAAGAUAUAAUUCAUCGUCUUUUACCGCUUAUUGAAUGUGCAUUAAAUAUGCUUGGACAAAUGAAUGAUAUCGUUCGAAUUUAUGGAAAUCACUUAAAAAUAAUAGCUGGUUUUAUUCGAUUACGACUUUAUCGAAUUUUACUUUUAUUACCGUCUACAGCAUACACUAGUUCUUAUAGUACAGUUCUACGUGAAUUAGUAGCUGAAUUCACGUUAACUGAUAAUAUAGCAAAUAUAACAACAUCAUUAUUGAAAUCUUUAAGUUGUUCUGAAGAUAGUGUCACACUUGGAUCAUGCUUACAAGAUACAGAUCAAAGAUUAUUAGAGGAACAAUUACAAUCGACCAUAUUAAACAAUUCACCUAGGGCAUUAGAACAUGAUCCUUCUUAUUUAUAUUUACAUGAUGGUGUUAAUAAUUUACUGGCUACUGAUGUUACUGUGACAAAUCUAUCGAAUACUGAAGACGAAAAUAAUGAGAAUUUAUUAUCGACAGCUGGAACACUGUUUCAUGGUCCAUCAGAUAUUUUAUUAAAUAAUAAUAGUACUUUUACUACUUUUAAAUUCUACGGCAUUAAUUCUACCUCAAAUACUAAUAAUUUAUCAUAUGGACAUAAUCUUGGAAAUUUUACUAAUUCCACAUUAUCUUGUGCAUUACAAUUAACUGGACCUAUACCUGUUAGUGUUACUGUAAUAGAUGCAUCAAUUGAAUUGUUUGGUCGUUUGUUUGCUUGUGUUUCUAUUCGUCAUCGUACACAAAUGUUAGAACAUUUUACUGAAUGUAUUCGUCUUACAAAAUCAAUACGUCAAGAAGCUGUACAAAUUAAUGUUUUCGCUGCGUUAUUAAGUGCGUUACGAUAUUUAGCUGAAACAAAAUCUACAUUCGGUGAUGAUCCAGCUUUAAGAAAAGCUGCUACAAACCUAAUUUUUGCUACUUUGACUAGUCAAAGUGUUCUACUACGUUGUGUGGCUGGCGAAUGUCUUGGAAGGCUUGCACAAGUUGUUGGCGAAUCUGGAUUUCUAGCAGAAUUAGCUCAGCAAAUUUUUGAACGUCUACGUGCUAUUCGCAAUCCGAUUGCAAGAGCUGGUCAUUGUUUAGCUAUUGGUUGUUUACAUAGUUAUGUCGGUGGUUUGGCGUCUGGACAACAUUUAAGCUCCAGUGUUGGUGUAUUAUUAGCUAUUGCACAAGAUUCCAGUGUACCCGAAGUACAAGUUUGGGCAUUACAUGCUCUUGCACUAGUUGCAGAAUCAGGUGGUCCAAUAUUUAGAGAAUAUAUUGAACCAAGUUUAAACUUAGUACUUCAACUAUUAUUGAAAUCACCAAGUGCUAUGCAUGAAAUUCAAAGAAGUCUUGGUCGUUUAUUUGCAGCCUUGAUUACUACCUUAGGACCUGAAUUACGUGCUACAAGCGCUGGUAUUACGUCUGUUCGACAUUCAUGUUUGUUAUGUUGUAUGAUUAUGCGUGAUUCACCAGAUGCUCUACUACAAGCGGAAGGUAUAGCCUGCCUACAACAGUUACAUAUGUUUGCUCCAAUGCAUGUUAAAUUAGCUGGUCUGGUUCCUGAAUUACAAACUAGUGUGUCCAGUUUCCAUUUGGUCUUAAGACGUGCAGCAUUAUCAUGUUUACGACAAUUAAGUCAAAAAGAGGCUAAGGAUUUGUAUGGAUGUAUGACACUGGGAGGUUCAUUAGAAGAGAAACCGUCUCCCGUUCUCUCUUCAUUUUCUACUAUCUCCAGUAAAAAUGAUAUGAAUAAUUUUUCCAAAUCAACAACUAAUGAAAAAUUAGAAAAACAGUUAUUUAGUUUACUUGAUGUUGAAAUGGACUAUCAACUACGCCGAGAUAUUGAAGAUACACUUAUUGGAAUGUUGGAAGCAACUGGUACCUCACAACUUUCGUAUUGGUUUACAUUAUUAAAAGAAGUAUUAUUGGUUUCCACCUCACUAAAAACUGAUUUGACGAGUGAUAGUAAUAUUAUUAUAAGAAAUUCUGUAAAAAAAUCAUUCAAUACAAACGAAUCAAACUCUAUUGGUGGAGAUAAACAGUCUUCCAUUAGUAACGAUGACGUAGAUACAAUGACUAUGUCUAAACGAAAUAGUCGUGUAGACGAAGAAAACGGUAGUGGUGCUAUUCAACCAGAAAAUGAUGAAUGUGAAGAUGUUGACAUCAAUUUUAAACCAAAACAAUCUAAUCAAGAAAUUAAUCGGUUAUUCAGUGUUAAGAUUAGAGCCAGAUGCUCGACACGAAUUUUCGCAAUCAGCUGUUUGCGUAUCCUGAUAUCUAGUUGUGCCAGGUUGUGCAGCACAACAUUUGUAAAUAAUUCUCUUCCGUAUAUGGAAACAUCUGUAAAUGAUGAUGAUACUACUGAUAAUUGGAUAAUAAAUUCAAAGUCACUCGCUCAUUUUGAUUUGGCUAAGGCUAGAAUUCUACGUUCUCAAUCAGGGAAAUCCGAUUGGCUUAUUCUAUACCUGUCUGAUUUAAUUCGUGUAGCUUUUAUGUCAGCUACGUCGGAUAGUGAACGACUUCGUAUCACAGGUUUAAAACUUAUGCAAGAUGUUAUUCAAAGAUUUUCCCAAAUACCAGAUCCAGACUAUCCAGAUCAUGUUAUCUUGGAACAGUAUCAAGCUCAAGUCUCAGCUGCACUACGACCAGCAUUUAUGAAUAGUUUGUUGUUAAAUUCAUUCGACAAUAUAACAACAGUUGCACAAUCUUCAACUACUAAUAGUUCCUUAUUAUCUGGUGUAAUUCAACCUAAUCCAGAACUACUAUCUAUAGCAUGUCAAGUGUGCAGUACAUGGCUUGCUUCCGGAGUUGGUCGUGAUCCAGAAGACUUACGUCGUGUACAAGACCUUCUAAGACAAGCAUUUGAUAAAUUAAAACUUGACAAAUGCACUGAAGAUCACUCAUCUAAUGUAUCUGCACAGGCUCAGCGAGUAGAAUCAUCGCAAUGGAUAUCAGAAAACUCUGCAAUAGUUGAGAAACUAUCUGUUUUAGCUGCUUGGGCUAAAGUUUACAUUUUGACAGUUGAGCAAACUAAGAAAUGGGUAAAUAAGUUACACCAAAAACAACACUUAAUCACUGGAGAAUCACCUCAGACUUUAGAUGAUGAACAAUUGAUGGAUGAUGAAUCAGAUGACAUGAUGAAUGAUGAAAGUGAAAACGACAAUGAUUCUGACUAUAGUAUGAUCAUUAAAGGAAUAUCAAUAGAAGAUAUAUUAUCUGUUUGUAAACCUGCUCCUUACCUUCAAUCGAGUAGUGGUUGUUCAGCAUCAAGUAAAUCUAUCUAUCAUUUAUUAUCGAAAUGGAUUCAACCGAUUCUCCCAAGCUUAAGUAAUGCUUGGUUAGAUGCAUUAAAACAUUAUGCAUAUAUGUGUUUACCAGAUAAUUUAUCAACUCAACACUCAUCUACCUUACUAUCCAAUGUCAAUAAUAAUUCUAUUAAUUAUAAUCUUGAUCUAAUACGUGGAUAUUAUGCACGUUAUUGGCCUUGUAUGACGUAUGCAUUAGCAUUAUGCUUAACUAAUAAUGAGUUAUGUGUAGAAGAGAUUGAUACGAAUUUAUCAAAGAAUGAAAUGUCUAAAUCAGCUCGACAAUUCUUUUUAAUUCUAGGUAUGUGUGCAGAAGCUAUGUGUAAUUCAACGUCAAAACAACCGAUAUCCAUCAUUCAUACAUGUUUGCGCUGUAUUCUAUGCCUAUUGAGUAAGCCGAAAUUUCGCGCUUAUCUGAUGCAAUCAUCAACAGAAAUAUCUAUUGAGCUAUUACAAAUAUUACAUCGACUUAUACUAACUCGCGAUUGUGUAGAAACACAUUUAUUAUGCUUAGCCAAUGUAAUUCACAUCAUGAUUGCUAGUAAUGAACGUUUAAUUAAAGAACGUGAUAAUUGGUUAACUAAAGAAUCAACACAGAAUGCUUCAAGUAUGUUUAUUUCACCAGAGUCACAAAAUUCAAAAAAUAAUUGUAUGACAUCAAGUACAAUGUUACAAACUACUGGUUUAAUUGACGCUCAGUUAUAUGAACAUGGCGAUGGAGGUUAUUUGUCAAAAUUUUUUGAUCGUAUCUCAAAUAAAUCUGACAUGGAUUAUGAUGAAUUUAAUAAAACAUCGAUCAACAGUCAAUUGAAUAAUGGUAAAUAUGGAGAAAAAACAUUUGCUGGUUUACAUCCAGAACGAUCAAUUGUAUUUACGUGCUUAGAAAUUGUUGUCUGUAUAGUGGUACGCUAUCAAUCACAAAUUGUUAAAAAAUUCCCUCUCUCCAAUACUAAAGAUGAUUUUGAGUAUAAAAAUCAUAUCAUUCCAGAGACUACAUGCGCCUCCGACGUGAAUGCUCCGCUUGUUUUAGCUACGGCUUUGAAGUGUUUAAUUCCAUUAGUUGAUCUGUGCGCCCCAAGAACCCUUUUAAGCACAUUAAGACUUGCCAAACAGAAUCAAUCAAAUGAUUUUGUGAUUAGUAAUAUUAGUGUUGAGAAUGAGAUUAAUCAAUCAAAUACGUCUCAAGCAUCAAUGCACCAACAAGAAUGCUUAUUGCCAAUUCUACUAGAUUUAUCUAAAGAAAUAGUAAAGAGUAUAUUAAUAAAACCAGUUCAAUGUUCAAAUGUGAAAAAUAAUUUUGCUAAUAAUAAAAACGGCAGUUUUAAUAAUAAUAAUAAUCUGUCCAUAUUAAAGCCAUGUGAUCUAACAUGUCAGUCAUCGAAUUUAUUCACUUCAUAUUUAAUUGGUGAAGAUGAAACAGAAAUCUCAUCAACGACAACUAAUUUAUCUGUAUGCUCUGUUAAUAAUUUAUUAACAUCAGUGAAAUCAUGUCAACAAAAUUAUCAACAAUCUCGUUUUAUUAAUCAGUUAAUUGGUUGGACUGAACAAUCAGCUGAAUUAGCUGAAGUUUAUAUUACAUUAUUGAAUAAAUUGGCUGUACAUCAUUAUCCUGCUUUAUCAGCCAAUUCAUCUGAUCAGGAUUUAAAUGUAAAUAAAUAUUCGGUAAAUUUAUCACAAACAACUGAAAUUCAACCGGAUAGUAGUAGUAUUUCUAAUGUAAGAGAACAAUGUAAUAAUUCACUUAAUUCUAAUGUCAGCGAAUCUUCAACUAUGGAUAAUACAAAUGAGAAUACAGUGUUAAAUGCGUUCAAUGAAUGGUAUCAUUUAAUUUCAAUUAGUCUAUUGUCAAUUCUACGUCAUGAACACGAUAAUGAAACAAGGGCUGAUAAUUCCUCACUACCUAAAUGCUGUCUAGCAUCAGCGUAUAUAGUCAGCCGUAUAUGUGCCAAAUGUCCUAUUCAAAUUUUUAAGUCAGAAGAAUUAGUCAGUGAGCUUUCACAACUGCUUUGCCGUGGAUGGCAUUUAUCUUCGAUUUCUGACAAUCAAUCAAAUGGUGUUACGAAUAAAGAUGAUAAUUCAUUGGAAAAUCCGUUAAUGAAUUUUUCUAAAUUAUUCGAAUCGAAACUUUUGCGAAAUCGAAUUAUAUGCCUAAGAUCAUUUGAAUUAUUAUGCAAUCAUCAUGAACCUUCAAUUCGAUCAUUGUUUAUCAAAACAUUAACUCCUCAAGUAUUUCAUUGGUUAUAUGAUCUAACUAAUAUUGUUGAAACGUAUUCAUCUAAACAACAAAAGUUAAAUACAUCAUCUGAUUUAUUCAAUAUUCAAAUUAAUUUAAAUGAACUAGUUCUAUGUUUAAAUGGUGCAUUUGAUUUACUUACUUCAUUAAUUCGUAUCGUAGAUAGUUCAAAUCGUCAAGCAUUAUUAUUAAUUUAUUUACCAUUAUUAUGUAAUCUACUUACAAAUGAAUCAUCUAUUAUAAUAAACCGGUCAAAUUAUAAAAAUAAUUUCAUUACUAUAACAAAUUUAUUAGAUUUAAUUUAUUUCAUACAUAUUAUUACAUUAAAACAUAUAAUCAUAAUAGCUCCAUAUUUUCCAAAUGAAUUUCGUUCAACUUUUCAAAUACUUAAUGAGUUUAAAUUACGUUUAGAAAAUGCAAUUAAAUUUACUACUCCAUUAAUUAAUAAUAAUAAUAAUAAUAGUAACCAUGACUACAAUCACUCAAAAUAUCAAUUAAAUAAUGGUAUCUCAUUCAUUCAUAACAAUCAAAAAAUAAUAAAACAAUAUCAAACCAAUUUACCAUCGAUUAAAUUGAAAAUAGAUUUCAGUAAUUAUACUUGA